GGAGGGGAGAGUUCGGUGGGUGAGGAACAGAGUAGAGCGCCGAGAGUGCACCACCACCACCAUCACCACCACCAUCACCACCACCAUCACCACCAUGAUCUGCUCACCAGUAGCACAACACCCCUCUCGAGGCGCACCCGACCGCUAGAGUUUGAGAAACUCCAGUUGUUUAAUAACAAAAACCCUCCACUUGUAUAAUUACAUAUAGUCAACAUUGGCUUCAUUUUCUAACCCGUGUAACGUAUUGAGCCGAGUAUUGGCGUGCGUCAGGGAGCGCUCGCGAGCGCUGGUCGCGGGGCAUUGAUGCCUGCCGAGGACUCUCGUCUGGUGCGACUCGCCGCGACUCGGGCACGGCACGCGAGGCGCGGGGAGCCGGAGGAGAGCCGCUCCGGGUAGGGCCCAGGGGGACACAGGUGGACACAGGUGGACACAGGUGGACACAGGUGGACACCGGCUCGCGGGAGAGGCAUGCGCGGCGUCACGUCUCGUGCAGGCCACAGCGGCGUGAACCAGCUGGGAGGAGUGUUCGUCAACGGGCGGCCGCUCCCCGACUCCAUCCGCCAGAAGAUCGUCGAGUUAGCGCACAGCGGCGCGCGGCCCUGCGACAUCUCCCGCAUCCUGCAGGUGUCCAACGGCUGCGUGAGCAAGAUCCUGGGCCGCUACUACGAGACGGGCUCCAUCCGCCCGCGAGCCAUCGGCGGCAGCAAGCCGCGCGUGGCCACGCCCGAGGUGGUGGGGAAGAUCGCGCAGUACAAGCGGGAGUGCCCCUCCAUCUUCGCGUGGGAGAUCCGCGACCGCCUCCUCUCCGACGGGGUUUGCACCAGCGACAACAUCCCCAGCGUCUCCUCCAUCAACCGGGUGCUGCGCAACCUGGCGAGCGAGAAGCAGGGAAUGGGGGGCACCGACGGCGUCUACGACAAACUGCGGCUGCUCAACGGGGGGCAAGGGGGGGCCGAGUGGGCGGCGCGGUCCGCCUGGUACCCCGGCAGCUCCGCGGGGGGCGGGGCUGGCGGGGUGGGCUCGGCGGGGGGCGGGGCUGGCGGGGGGGGCGAGAACGGAGCUGCGAGUUCCGCGAGCGACGACUCGGAGGAGGCCCAGAUGCGGCUGCAGCUGAAGAGGAAGCUGCAGAGGAACCGCACCUCGUUCACCCCGGAGCAGAUCGAGGCGCUCGAGAAAGAGUUCGAGAGGACUCACUACCCAGACGUGUUCGCGCGGGAGCGACUCGCCUCGAAAAUAGACCUCCCUGAGGCGCGCAUCCAGGUGUGGUUCUCUAACCGCCGCGCCAAGUGGAGGCGCGAGGAGAAGUUGCGCAAUCAGAGGCGGCAGGGGGGAGCGGGGGGAGGGGGUCCCGCGGGGGCCGGGGGAGGGGUGCCCUCGAGCAGCCACAUCCCCAUCAGCAGCAACUUCAGCGCGGGGGUCUACCAGCCCCUGGCGCAGCCCGCGGCUCCCGGCGCGAUGCUGGGCCGCAGCGACUCGAUGCUAGGGGGCUCGUACGGGGCUCUACCCUCCAUGCCCAGCUUCAGCAUGGCGGGGAACCUCCCCGUGCAGCCCGGCGUGGGCACGCAGACGGCCUCCUACUCGUGCAUGCUGCCCUCCAACCCCGCCGUGUCGUCCUCGCGCGCCUACGAUACGUACACGCCGCCACACAUGCAGGCGGGCCACAUGGGCACGGGGCCCUCCUCCACGGGGCUCAUCUCCCCGGGGGUCUCGGUUCCCGUGCAGGUGCCUGGUACUGACCCGGAUCUCCCCCAAUACUGGCCGCGUCUACAGUAGCGCGCCGCCUCUCUCCUGCGAUGGGCGGUGGGGGGAGGAAGGGGUGGAGGAGGGGCGGGGUGGAGGAGGGGCGGGGUGGGGUACCCCCCCCCCCCGAUCACCCCUCCCACCCGCCUUGAACCCCCAAACUACUGAACCCCCCCGACCGCCUCCGGACCCAAUUGUGGGGUCAGGGUUCGCAAUCCCUGUCGGGGUCAAACUGACCUGACGUGACCCCACCCCCAACGCGAUUAACCCCGCCCCCCGUCCCCCCCACUUACCAAUCAGCCCAAGUAAAAAUCAAUUCCCCAAUCAUCUGAUCUGGGUAUUGUAAUCAUCGGAUAGCAAAUAGAAAAGCGGAAUAAAUUAAUUGGGAAGAGACGAAGUAUACACUGCUACUUGUACAGCAACAAAAACCGACGAGGUACAAAUUAUAAACAUUACAACAAUAUGUGCGUUCGCUCGACUCGCCAGUGUGGCCACCAGCGUCACGGGGCGAGAACCCCGUGACGGUGCGUGGCUGUGGGAGCCAACCUCGGCAGGAGCCUUGCUCCGUCUCCACUCACACGGCUGAGGCCGCCGACAGCCCCAGCAGCAGCAUCUGUUUGGCCAAACUGCGGACCGGUUUCGACUUUCUGGGUCUCAUCAGCAGUCUGGCAUUGCCAGAUGCCAUUGGCACGAGCAAUGCCACAUGCAGUGGCCUGGUGGUGCGUGGGGGGGGGGGGGUUGGAGGUCUCUCGUGGCGUAAUGACGUCAUCAUCGUUUCCACAGCAGUUAAACGUGUGGGUUAUCUGUAAUUACUAUAAUUAUUCAUAUUAUUAAUUAAUAUUCGUCCCGAGUGUGUGUGUCCCGUGUUACUCGCUUGGUCACGACAACUCAAACCCUGCCCUCGAGUCGAACCCAUCCAUCCAUGACCCCCCCUCCCUCCCUCCCGUGACCCUCUUACUCCCGCUCCACGUUUCCAUAAACGAAAAAAUAAAAUUGUGAAACAAAACGAAAUCCUCUCCCCGCGUUCCCUCUCGCCCGCCCCACCCUCGUCCCGACUCCAAGUCAAGUCGCCAACACCCGGGGGUCACUCUUCUCCACAAACUCCUCAAUCACUUCUGUCAUCACGAUAGCGAGGAUAUCGCGGCGGAGUGGUGAUUAUGGUGAUGAUGAUGAUCGGGCUGCAAUUCGUAAAUUCCUCCCCAAAAUUCGAUCCCAACUGUGCUGUCGGUGUCACGGCCAUGCGACGGGAAAUCCUCCAACUGGACGUCUCGCGUGGCCGAGGCAUCCCAGCCCGCGUGAGCAGCCCGCGCGAGCCAAGGGACCGUGGGCCGAGUCGACCCGAGUUCGACUCCUCGUCGGGUCCCACCCACGAGGAGUCGAACUCGCGAGCCGCUCGCCGAGCCACGCGGCCGGAGAUGAAAAUCGCGCCAUCUCAACGCGACCUCAUCGUCGUCGUCUGCGAUAACGAGGUCGUGUUGGAGAGGCUCCCUGUAGCUCCCUCUGUUGGAGCCCUCAUCUGCCGGCAGUGGCGUGAGCGAGCAAUUGCAGGGCUGCGCCUUCACGUGUUUUUUUGAUCGUAGAUUGCAAGGAGCCAGAUCGGGUUGGCACGACCGACGAGUCAUGAGGCCAAUUGAAAACAAAAAUCAUCAUCAGCCGUGAACAAUGCACUGCUGGAUGAAGGCCGGGGUCACGUGAUGUAAACCCGGCCGGCGCCUGAGCCUGACCGCACCACGAGCUGAUCUCUCACCAUCGCUCCCUUACUCCAAAGGGCCCGAAACAAAACGAGUCAAAACCUUCAGGCGAAUUUCAGGACAGCCUCGGGGUACGUACACAGCCUGUUGCGGGCAGCUACAAAGUCCACGCAUCGGUGCAGCGCGCAGCAAACGCUCGCUCGCACGAAACAGCCACCCCCGACCCCCGCGAUGAGGAGGUCGCAAGUCGGUUCUGUGGAGCCAGGGGAGAGGUCAGCUGCAUCGGAGUCUCGUUGUGCAAGAGGCGCCUGGGGCCUGACCCCACUCGCCGCCCCUGCUGCUGCCGGGAGGCGAUGGUUGCGGCGGAAUUUGUAAUCCCAAUCGAGUAAACAAUUUGCGGGAUAAUUGUCGAAUUUGCCAAAUCUGGAAUCAUGAGGCCGGUCACACAAUGGCCGACUGCUGCGAAAUGACGCCUGUAGCCGUCGUCACGUUCGGGCGAUAACCAGGGCGUCCCGCUCCAUUCCAACCGCGAACCUCUGCCACGCAACAAGAAGAAGCCUCGAGGUGUGGGCGACUCGAGAACGGAUAGAAAAUCAACCCCCACCCCUCCCCCUUGGCUUCGCGGGCUUCAGUGGCGUGGGAGUUGCAUCGUCGCCCUGAAACGUGACCGGCCCUACGCGAACGGCGAUCACCUGCAAACCGCUCGUGUUUCUGAAUCUGUUACCGGUUUAGAAAGCCAGAAACCGGUUACCGGUAACAGU